AUGACCAAACAGGCCAUCUUCUUCCUCUCACUUCUACAUGUUUUUCUCUUCCACUGCACCAUUACUUGUGCCCAGUCUCCUGACAUCACUCAAAUUCUGGAUAAGUCCGGCGACUUCAAGGUCCUAAUCCGCCUCCUAAAGAACACCGGUGUUGCCGACCAACUCAAUGGGGAGCUCGCGAAAUCAAACACUGGUUAUACUUUUUUUGCUGCACCCGACAAGGCAUUCUCGGAGCUCAGAUCCGGCACCAUAAAUAAACUUAGUGACCUACAAAAGGUCCAAUUUUUGCAGUUCCAUAUCUUAGCCACCUAUGUUACUCUGACAAACUUCCAAACUCUGAGCAACCCUGUGCCGACCCAGGCCGGAGACACAAGCGCCGGACAGUUCCCGCUAAACGUUACCUCCUCGGAUAGGGAAGUGCAUCUCUCCACCGGUGUUGUCAAUGCCACAGUGGGGGCAACUCUGUAUUCUGAUAAUAAUCUGGCUGUUUAUCAAGUGGACAAAGUGCUUCUUCCUCUUGAUAUUUUUAGUGAUUAUAAACCUCCGGAACCCGUUGGGGAGAGUACUCCUCCUGUUGCUGCUACAGUAGAUCAGUCUGGUGCGGUGACUCUCGCCAUGCAUGCAAUGUUUGUACUCCUUGGAAUCGCUGUGAAUGUUGCAGCAGUACUGGGUUUGUGA